AAUGUGCUAUGUCGCCGGUAUCUUCCUCUGUCACACCAACCCUAUGCAUGUCCUCCUUCACUACAUCCAUGAACAUUCUCUGUGAUCCUUGUCUUCUCUUCCUCCCUGGCAGCUCUGCAUUCAGCAUCCUUUGUCCAAAUAUUUCCACUCUCUCCUCUGCACGUCCAAAUGCUCUCUUCCUUGCCUCUGCAAUUUAACUUCUAGUUUUGUACACUGAUCAAACAUAAUAUUACGACCACCUGCCUAAUAUUGUGUUGGUCCCCCUUUUGUUGCCAAAAUAGCCCUGACUCACUGAAGCAUUGACUCCACCAGCCCCUGGCCGGUAUGCUCGAGUAUCCGGCACUGAAAUGUUAGCAACAGAUCCUUUAAGUCUUGUAAGAUGCAAGGUUGAGUACCCUGAUGAAAGAGGCCACAGCAAACAAGGUAUAUAGUUUCCAUAAAAGGAUGUGCAUUGUCUGUUACCACACUUAGGUAGGUGAUGUCAAAGUAACAUGCACAUGGAUGUCAGGACCCAAGGUUUCCCAGCAGGACACGGCCCAAAACAUCACACUGCCUCUGCAAGCUUGACGUGUUCCGAGGUAAGUGACACGCAGCCAUCCACGAUUCAUCAGACCAGGCCGCCUUCUUCUAUCACUCUGUGGUCCAGUUUUCACACUCACAUCGUUUGAAAUCCGUGGACUGACUGCUAAUUACUUUGAAAGCUGGGUCACUGGGCAGGAUGUCAGGACACAUUGUGUGUAGCACAGUGAGAGAGUGAAUGAAAAUAAACAAAACAUGAAACACAGAGACAACAUCGAGGGAACAUGAAGUAAAUAACCCCAAGGAGGGCUGAACUGGAGGCUUCAAAUGAUACAACAGGGACAAUGAAACAUAAUAAACAGAAUCUAGAAACCAAGCCCACUUCUCAAAAUCAAAACAACAAUGAUUUAUGAUUCAAAAGUCCAAAAAACACAAAACAGUGAGUCAAAGAAUCAGAACCAUGACACACAGGAAGUGCUGAUUUUUUUUUCAGCGUCACAAAAACUACUUUUCUUUCUUCUCUUUUUAUCACUGUUAUUGUUGCUGUUACAAAGGAACAGCUGAAGUAUACCGAGUGGCCACCUGGGGACGCAGUAGCACCCACUCGGUCACCCAAUCCGCUGCACUUUUUUCCCACCCUCAUCAUGAUGGUGUGCUGGUUUUUUGGGGGGCCAAUCGUAAGGUGACCUGUUCGAUUCCAGCCUGGUUCUCUGUGGGGUUACGCCAGAAAGCGCAUCCGCUGUAACAGCUCAACCCACCGUGGACAUACUAUCCUCCUCCCCAAUCGUGAGCGAUGAGGAGUGGAAAUCGCCUGAUCUUAAAGCCCACAUUGCUCUUCUGUUACCAUCCUCUUCAUCCUGCUUCAGGGAUCGGACAUGAUGUUGCUCUGUAACGUCAGGUUGGAAUGACAUUAUGUCGUCCUGGUGACAGCAGAGUGUGAUCAUGGGAUUUAGAAGAGGGUCACCAUGUGCCAUAAUCUGUCCAAAUAUACCCCAAUUUUCCUCUUCCUCACACUGUCUGGCAUCAUCUUCCUGCUGCGGAACAUCCACACAGUAGAGAACUGGAACUGCCAAGCGAUUUCAUCCUUCUACCAGCUGCAGAGCAGGAUCCAUUCAUCCCUCAGUGUGUCUGCUUUCUAUCACAACCAUACCUACUGUACCCAUGUGGGCCAGAAACCCUCUCCCGAGGAUGAACUUGAGGAACGGUACCUGUUGGAACUCAUCAGCUGGCCCAGCCCUCCGCCUCACUCUGGACCAACCACCCUGAAGCAGACGAGUGACCCUGUCCACAGCCUGUUCACAAUACUUCCCGCUAAAGAAGGAAGGGAGUGGCAUGUGGGCGAUCAGCUAGAGGUCCUCGUCCAGAUGCACGACUUCCAGGGUCGUCCUAAACGCUACGGCGGGGAUUUCCUUCUGGCCAGGCUGCACUCUCCGGAGCUCGGAGCGGCCGUGGUUGGGCAGGUGGUUGACCACAAGAAUGGAUUUUAUUCUGCUCUGUUCCCACUCCUCUGGGUGGGCUCUGCACAGGCUGAAGUCAUGUUGGUGCACUCCAGCGAGGCCGUCGCUGUGCUGCGACGACUCAGGGAGGAACGGGCCGAUCGGGUCUUUUUUAAGAGCAUGUUCCGUUUAGGCCUUUUAUCAGAAACUACUGUGUGCAACCUGUGCUUGCCUCCCGACCAUCAGCCUCUUUGCAACUACACAGACCUUCACACAGGCGAGCCCUGGUACUGCUACAAGCCCAAGGUGCUCAGCUGUGACACCAGAAUCAACCAUGCCAAGGGAGGCUACUUGAAAAACCUCAUCACCAACAAGGAAGCACUGCUAUUCAAAAGUGGUGUAAAUCUCAAAGUUUACAUACAUGCUUCAGGACCUGAUAAAAUCAGCGUGCUGCCACAGAAAGAUAAAGUGGAGGAAGAAAACAGCACAACUAAACCAGAACAUAUUCAGCUAGAAACAUCUGGAUAUUACUACAUGGACUCCUGGAGGCCAUUAGAUGGAUUUACAAUGCGUCAGUUCAACGAAUCAUCAGCAGUUGUACAGUGUUUGAAGAACAAGGUGAUCAACAUGUAUGGAGACUCUACUGUGAGACAGUGGUUCGAGUAUCUCAUUGGUUUUGUACCAGAAUUAAAGGAGUUCAACCUAUACAAUCCUAAAAAGGUUGGGCCGCUCAUGGCGGUGGACAGCACACAUAAUAUUCUCUUGAAGUACCGCUGCCACGGCCCUCCAAUCCGCUUCACUACUGUGAUGUCCAGCGAGUUGCGGUACAUUUCGAAUGAGCUUGACGGCCUCUCUGGGGGCCCCAACGUGGUUGUGGUCCUCAGCAUCUGGUCCCACUUCAGCACCUUUCCUGUGGACAUAUACAUACGGCGUCUUCGGCACAUUCGACAGGCGCUGGUCAGACUUAUAGACCGAGCGCCAGGGACGCUCAUAGUGAUCCGCUCAGCCAAUCUUCAAGCCCUGGAUCAAGAGGUGAGCCUUUACAACAGCGACUGGUACUCCCAGCAGCUCGAUCAGGUGCUCAGGACCAUGUUCAAGGGGCUGAACGUUCUGGUGGUGGAUGCCUGGCAAAUGACUUUAGCUCACCAUUUACCUCAUGCCCUCCAUCCUCCUCCACCUAUCGUCAAGCAAAUGAUAGACAUGCUUUUAUCUUAUGUUUGCCCCGAGAGGAAAAAAAGCCAGAAAUAGAAGUACAGUGAUGAUAGCAGAUAUAUUGUUAAAUGUGAUGUGUGAAUCCAUCCGUCAGUUUCAAACACAUUUUGGUUUGGCUUCUUAAGAACUCAUAUAUUUUUCUAAAACUGCAAACUCUUCAAAUACUGAAGAUUUACUUUCCUGCUAUUUUUUUUUUUAUUCCUACAAAACAUUUUUUACUCUGAUUUCCAAAGACUUUGGCACAAUGAUUGUUACUUCUCAUCUUUUGGUAUUACCAAAGUUUUAUUCAUGUGCAUUAUUUUAAUGUAUAGAGCGGUUCAAAGAAUUAUUGAACACAUCAUCAAUUUUCUAAGUAAAUGUGUUUCUAAAGGUGCUCACCAGAUGUUGGUCAACAACCAAUCCAGUCCGCACAUGCAAAGAAAUCAAACCGUAGAUUUAGAUUUGAAAUUAAGUUAUGUGCAAAAAUCAGAAAUGAUAACUGGGGUCAUUGGCUUGCUGAAACGUGCACCCUCGUUUCAUCUUCAUCAUCCUGGUAGGUGGCAGCAGUGUUUUAUUAGGAGUUCCUCGCCACAUGUUCGCAUUCAUCCUUCCUUCGGUUAUAUGAAGCGUGCCAGUGCCGUAUGCUGAAAUAAACCCCCACACCAUUAUGUUCCCA